AUGGCCGAUCUAACGCUGGGACAUGACGAAGAGGCAGAUAUCAAUGAGGAAUUGCAGCUACAGCAGCUGGACGAUACCUUUGAUACCCGCAGUGAGGCAUCUGCCGAGUCGUCGAGUGACUCCAAUGCCCGGCCGAGCUGCAUAAGCUCCAUCAGUACAGAAUCAAGUGUGAGCCCCACUGUGAGGAAUCGGACGCAAAAUAGUAAGAAAACAGCAGGGAAAAAGUCCACAGAUGAUGAUGAUGUGGGUCAUAGGGGCAAGAAGGUACUUCCAAUCACUAAAGUGCUCGCCCCCAAGCGAAAUAGCGUCAAGAGUCAGCCAAAAUCCUAUGAUUACAUGACGAAAUUGAACUAUUUGUUCCGGGAGGCACGAUACUUUGUUAUCAAGUCCAAUAAUGCUGAAAAUGUGACCCUAUCCAAGGCUAGGAGUGUCUGGGCUACAUUGCCACAGAAUGAAGCAAAUCUCAAUCAGGCCUUCAGGGAGUGUCGCAAUGUCCUGUUGAUUUUCUCAGUGAAGGAAAGUGGGAGAUUUGCUGGAUUUGCCAGGAUGAAUACGGAGGCUCGUCAUGAUGGCCCUACAGUGAGCUGGGUUCUGCCACAUGGGCUAUCAGCCAAGGCUCUCGGGGGUGUAUUCAAGAUUGACUGGAUUUGCCGCAAAGAACUCUCUUUCACCUGUACCGGACACCUGUUUAACCCAUGGAAUGAGGGAAAACCGGUGAAGAUUGGUCGGGAUGGUCAGGAGAUUGAACCCAAAGUUGGCGCUGAACUGUGUCGGCUCUUUCCGGAGGAUGACAGCAUCGAGCUGACGCCAAUUCUGCGCAAAUCCAAGGAAACAUCUUUGCAGCUCCGUGAGAAGGGCAUCCGCCCCAAACCGGUCUACCGUGGCGCCCCAAAUCGCCCUCAGCCGCCGCUCAGGGGUCGUCAAGCCCCAAUGCUGCGUGGAAUUGCGCGCAAAAAGCUCUAUCUCACGAGUCGCAGUAAGCUGGCCAGUACCGGUGCGUACAAGCGCCCCGGUUCACCUUAUAGCCGCGUCGAUCGGCUCCUGCCGCCGCCGCUGUGGGAGCGCUAUCCCACCAGUACGGCCGCCGCCGAGGCGUACGUGGAGAAGUACAUGCGACAGAUGCAGCAUCAAUUGCCCCCGAUGCCCUAUGCACCACCGCCUGGCUUCACAACACUUCUUCCCACACCCUACGACGCCCUCCCGCCGCCGCCACCGCCGCGCUACUACGACGGCCUUCCGGUGCCCGAGUACCCACGACAUUCCUACGAUAGUGGUCGUUAUGAACGCGAGGACUUUUUGCGCGCCGGCACAUCUGCCCUCGAACGCCAUCCUGACCACUAUAGGCAUAGGGCACGCGAGCGGGAGCGCGACAGGGGGGAGUAUCGUGAAAGGAGUCACCACAGGAGCUACAGGGAUCGUCGAUGAUUACCCACCCCAGGCAGCUCCUGGACAAACACGCAAUUUCGCGACGACCGGAAGGCAAUUUGAAUGCUAACUAAAGAGCAUCCCAGCAUCCCGUCGUCCGUGUAUUUUGAUCAUCAUCAUCUUUCUAUAGAGAAAAAAAACAAGCGACAUGGGCAGAAAAUUAUUUAAAAAAAAAAAUGAAAAAAAAUCUCAAGUGCAGAAUUGUGAGAAUAAUGUGUUUAGAUGCCAAGUCAAGAUGUUUCAUUCGCUCUCCUCCUUAAAAUAUCAAUGUCUAAUGAGUAUUUCUAUCGAUUUGAAUGAGAUAAAAAAAGCUUUGAUUUCUUAUAAAAAAGCAUAAUGAAAAUUAAAAAAAAAUAUGAAAAA